AUUAACUCAUUGAUGUUUAUAUUUAGUUGGUGUUGGUGACUGUUUUCGAAACUGCAUAGUCACUCCACAACAAAAUAUAAGACUUUUAUCUUGAAACGACAGAUGAGGUUCAACCAAGUUCAACUGUCGAAAGUCACGCUUUGCUGUUAGGGGAAGGCCGCUAAAAGCAUUGCUGUUAAUUUGCAGGCCGCAAUUUUGUUACUAGUUGGCAUGCAAGUGCAAUUACAACACUAGAGUACACAAACGACACUAGCUGUCUAGCGAUAUCGUUUUAUUUGGUCUAAGUUAGUAGAUACACUGCUACAUAGCUAGUCUGGUUGCUGAUAUUGUUGGCUAGGCAGGCUAGCUAACAUUAGCCAUCGGCGACCAGCAAGGGAACGAAAAUGAGCUCAACUACUAACGUAAUUCAGGUGACAAAUGUGUCUCCAAGCACAACCUCUGAACAGAUGAGAACACUCUUUGGAUUCCUGGGGAAUAUCGAAGAGUUGAAGCUGUUUCCACCUGAUGAUUCUCCCUUGCCUGUGACUUCACGUGUCUGUUUUGUAAAGUUCCUCGAGUCUGAAUCGGUUGGCGUAUCCCAGCACUUGACUAACACAGUCUUCGUGGACAGAGCCUUGAUUGUCGUCCCAUUUGCUGAAGGUGUGAUUCCUGACGAAUCGAAAGCUCUGUCACUUCUAGCACCAGCCAAUGCUGUCGCAGGAUUACUACCAGGAGGAGGGCUCUUGCCCACUCCAAACCCAAUGGCAUCAAUGGGAGGUGUUCCUCUUGGCGGUCUCGGAGGCCCCAACAUGGACCCCACCAUGGCAGCUCUGGGGAUGACUGGGCCCAACAUGAACCCCCAGUCCCUAUCAGCCGACCAGCUUCUGAAGCUGAUGACAUCUGUGGAUCCUAAGUUGAAUCAAAUGGCAGCUGGAUUGAAUAUGAACCCUAAUCUGAAGGCCGAUGCAGCAAACAAGGAGAUUGAGGAGGCCAUGAAGAGGGUCAGGGAAGCACAGUCGUUGAUCUCCGCCGCCAUUGAGCCUGGAAACAAGAAAGACGACAAACGGAAACAUUCUAGAUCCAGGUCAAGGUCACGACGAAGAAGGUCUCGUUCUCGUUCAAGACACAGGCGCUCAAAGAGCAGGUCGCGACGGCGGUCACGCUCAAGAAGCAGGAGGAAGUCGAAGAGUCCCAGGAGGAGGAGGUCUCACUCAAAGGACCGGGGCAGACGAUCCCACAGCAGGUCCAGGGACAGGAGGAAAGAUGAAAAGGUUCGCAAGCGCUCCAAAACUCCGCCGAAGAGCUACAGCAGCGGACGACGAUCUCGGAGCAUCAGUCGACGGCACAGGAAGAGCCGCAGCAUCUCCAGAUCACCCAAAAAGUCUCGCUCGCCACGAAAGAAGCUGUCCAGGUCCCCCUCACCCAGAAGGCACAAGAAGGAGAAGAAGAAGGACAAGGAGCGCGAUCGGGAGCGAGACAGGAAGGAGGACAGAGACCGCAGCCGGGACAAACGGGAUCGCUCGCCCAGCAAGAAGAAGAGCAGAGACAAGGACAAGGAGAAGGACAAAGAGAAGGACAAGGACAAAGAGAAGGACAAGGAUAGGGAGCGCAAGUCCGACAGUGAGAAAGGAGACGUCAAGGUGACCAGAGAUUAUGACGAAGAAGAGCAGGGAUACGACAGCAACAAAGAGGGGGAGGAAGAGCAGGACAAAGGCUCUGACUCAGCUCACUCGCCCCAAUCCCAGGAGCCCUUGCAGGAAAACCCAGAGGAGGAGGAAGAGGAGGCAGACAAGGGCUCCGAGGGCUCCAGCGAGGACCAGCAGGACGAGGACAUGGAGAUGAGCGACUGAAAGCCACAAUCACCAUGACAGCCACCCCAUAGCCCCCUUACCCCCCUUUUACCAUGCACCCAGCCCCACCCCAUUCUCAACCAUUACUGGACACGCAGGUUACCCUGCCGUCUUCUUAAAUACCAUAUCAUGCGCUUUUGGGAUUUUUAAAGCCAGUGAUCUCGUCUUCCCCCAUUACAGAGGGAGGAUGCCAUACUGUUCUACUGUACAUCUGAUUAGUAAGUUACCUUAUAGCAUGUUCAAAACGAUUUGCGUAUUUGUAUAUAUGAGGAUGAAUUAAAAAACAGUUGUGGUACAGAAGAAAUCCAAUUGAAUUUAUAAAUGGUUAAUGACGAGGGUGUGUGUGAGGAGUGCUUAUUCAUGCUUGCUUCUUGUAGUAUAUGAGGGGCCUAUGUUAUUCAAGACUGAAUGUGUUUCUACGGUAUUCAGCUUAAGACUAUUAAUGAAAACUGUACAAUGAGACAAGUAACAGGUAAUUUCCUCCAGACAUUCUAGUUGAUUGCUAAACUUUCUUUGGUAGAAUGUAGAAUGAUCUGGCUUUUUUCUCUGACAGAAUUAAUCUUUUUUUUGUUUUCCUCCUUCCAUUUCCUGUUUGUAAAAAUGGUUGUUAAUUAGGUAGCACUUAUUGCAACAUGUUUUACCAUGAAAUUAAAAAACAAAAAUUCAAAUUA